AUGAGGCGCACAAGAAAAGAUGUACAAGGUGUGAGGGAUCCCAAGGGUAAGAAAAGAAUCUCGUCAUCACAUGACUCCAUCAACUCCCUUGCACCAUCGAAGCUACGCAAACAUAAUAGUCCUCAUUAUAAUGAUGGAGAUUGUGUGCUUAUGAUGGCCCCUAAUCCGGAUGAUCCACCAUAUGUUGCUCAGAUUGUAGAAUCCAAGGCUAAAAAGGUGACAGUAAGAUGGUACUACAGACCCCAAGACACUGGCCUUUGGAAGAAAGACAGUCACGGUGACCUUUGGAAGAAAGACUGUCACGGGAAAAAAGAAUUUCGAUUUGAGUAUGAUGUUUAUAAGAAAAAAUUGAUUGAUGUCAAAGAUGCUGAUUGGCUGUGCAUUUGCGGGAAUCCUUACAAUCCAGAUCUGUAUGUCUAUUGUCAGAUAUGCAAAUCAAGGUUCCAUCCAUCUUGUACCAACACUGAUGCAAAGAGUUCAUGCAUUAUUUUUUGUGAUAACUGCAAGAACUCUCCUAGCCAGGAGCAAGCUGCGGACAAGCGCUUUGAAAGGUAUCUCAAGUUUCCGAGGAUGCACAAAGAUAUCAAAAAGGAGAAGGCCAUUAGAUAA